ACGAUGGCUGUGGGCUGAGAAGUUGAUGAUUCCGUUGGUUCCUGACUGCGAGUAGAGAGAUUGAAGGGGUUGGGCCCACAGUGGAGAAAUGGCGAGAAUGGUGAACCAGAACGGCUGUGGAGGGGAAACACAGAGUCCAGAGCCGCAGGGACCGGGUCGGGGUGCGGCUAGAUGGGGUCCACAACACGCCGGUGCCCGAGAACUGGCCAAUUUGUACUCACCAGGUGAGUCGACACUCUUAAUAGCUCCGUCUUAUGGGAUUGUUCACCCGGUUCAAGUACCCACGAGUGGCGUGACAUAACGACAGGGUUUCAUACCGUAGUUACCAAGUAACAAACUGAAGGGAAAACUCCUUAAAUCACAAAGAGAGACGUGAGUUUACCUCGAAAUGCUCCUAUUUCAUGACACAGAACAAUCAGCGACAGUUCAGUGUGCACCACAGUCACACUUUUGUUGUUGCACAAUGGGGAUCAUGUGAGAUUGGGUGAAUUGGUGUUGGAGUCGCCGCCGUCCUUUGACAUUUCGAGCAUCAGAGAGAGGUUAGAAGAACCCACUGCUUCUGCUUUAGGCUCAGAAGCCUCAUUUGGCUGUAGAGCUGCUGUGACCUUUCAUAACAGGGCUGUUGCUAAGUCAGCCCGAGCUCUCUGCUACUGAGAGGAAGCACGUAAAACAAGAAACUAAUGGUGCAGGUAGUUUUGCGGAAAUUUUGGCAAGUACUCCCAACACUCAUUCAGGUGAUUUAGGCUCGUACAAAUACACCCCUUGUACAAAUACUUGAUGCCUUUCAUGGAGGAGCUUGCUGUGACAGCGUUGACUCUUUGGUGAUCAGUAUUUGCAUGCCAGAGAGUUUUCCAGCUGAAAAUUUGUAGUUGUAUGCUUUUAGUUGUAAUACGUAGACAGGUAUUUCAAGCCCUGCUGCUCUCUUCAGUCAUGUAACAAGCAGGGCGCAGAGGAAUGUUGUCUUGCUGAGUGUCACAGUCAUCUGAUAAUAAUUACGCUGACCAGUUUAGUGAACUUUGCUCAUUUUGGUUUUCGUUGUCUGAUGCCUAGGUUCAUAUUUACAGCUGAUAAUCUUAACAAAAAUGUUCCAUAUUCUGUGCGUAUGUGCAAUCAUACUAAUAUCAGUGCUUUUUUCGUUUUGUUUUAAGGCAAAAGAUGUCAAGAAUGGAUAAGCGUUAUCCUCUGCUUCUCUCUCAUGGCCUUCAAUUUCAUUCACCUCCUUGCCAAUUUCCAUCUGGGACAUUUGUGGUACAUCCUGUUGAGCAUUGGUGAGAACUGACAGAGGGGUUAUAUAAUGUUCUGAUGAUGUAUUGUCAUCAGUUCUGUUGUUUUUCUGAGCUGCAGUCCAAACAAAAGUUGCUUGUUUCCUCAUCAUUUUUCUGUGCUGCUCUCUUUCUCAGUGGCAGGAAUACUGACCGCAGACUUUGCAUCUGGACUCGUGCACUGGGGGGCGGAUACGUGGGGAUCAGUAGAUCUGCCCAUCUUCGGAAGGGUAACACAACACAUGCAGCAGUUAUUUUGAUCUUUCCCCUCAACAGUAAUCCCUUGUUUGCACUCUAAAUAAUCUGUAACAUUUCCUUGUGUUUGCAGCCUGCUUCCUUCCUUGUUUUUUUUCACCCUAUUCCAACGAUCUGAUCCUUCCUGCAGGCUUUUAUACGACCAUUUAGAGAGCACCACAUCGACCCCACAGCCAUCACCCGUCACGAUUUCAUUGAGACCAAUGGUGACAACUGCAUGCUGACCAUAGUCCCUCUAGCAAACAUGGCCUUCAACUUCCUCACCCUCUCCCCUGGUGAGUUUUGUAUCGACAAACCGAGCCUGACAUUUUCCUCUUCAUCAUUAUCCAGGCUCUUCCUUCAAAGUAACAAUGAAUACUGAUUGUUUAUGUCUCCUUUUUUGCAGCGGAGAUUUAUCAUAUCUACCCUUGGUACUGCUACUUGUUUGCACUAGCCAUCUUUGUGACGCUCACCAACCAGAUUCACAAGUGGUCUCACACAUAUUUUGGCCUGCCUCGCUGGGUGACGUUCCUGCAGGACUGUCAUAUCAUCCUCCCUCGCAAGCAUCACCGCGUCCACCACGUCUCUCCUCAUGAGACGUACUUCUGCAUCACGACAGGUUUGCUUUUAUUUCCUCCAGAGGAUUACAGACAAAAAUCCCUGUGUUUGUGAUGUUUAAGCCAAAUCCCAAUUUUUCCCUCUUGACCCUACCACUUCACCCUACUACUCAGUUGGUUUAUUUUGGGAUGGAGGGGUUAUUGGUCAUCCGGCCUUCGGACAGUUUCAUGAGAUGCACACUUUGAACAUAGCAGUUGAAGAAAAUGCCCUGCAAAUUUAGCCUGGCAAACAUUACAUGAAAAAUAGAAACUAAUGCAAGGAUAGAAGCCCUUCAACUUGUUUGGAUAUAUCCAUUUUUGUUUUUCAAAUGCUGCUUUGUUUUACCAGCAACACUGGUAUAUAUUUGGCGAGUUCUGGCUACAGAAACAUUUAAAAAUUGUACUUGAAGGAACAAACAGAAAAAAAUCCAUCACAAGUUGGAUUAGCAGUGAGCAUAAACAGGCACUGGUUGAUAAAUCCACAGUCCUGACUUGAUUAUCCUCAGCGCCUUUUAACAAAUCCAGACUUCAUUGUUUGCACCAAGAAGGAGGAGCAAAAAUGUUCAUAGAAAUUUUAACCAGAGUCCAAACAAGUUUGUUUGCCCACUGUAUAAAGUGUUACAAAUACUGAAAGUUUAAUUUCUAGUAAAUUUAGUUGAAUGUUGAUUCCAAAGACUAUAAUUUGGUUGUUAGUGUAAGAAAAGCUGUUCACAAUGAUAAAGGAAAUAUACUUCAAAGACAUGUCCUGAGUGACAGCGCAGAUAUUUCAGUGUCUCGCAUUAAAAUGCUGGAAAAAUAGGGCAAGUUUUGUCCCAUUUUCAAUUGAAAGGAUCCCACCCAGUCCAAAGCUAGGGGUGGAGGAAAGAGGACAAACUGGGAUUUAGCUGUAAUCUCGCAGUUUUUACGAUGAGGUCAGUCAGAUUUGUCACCGAGCCUUUUCUCUACAGGAUGGCUGAACUACCCUUUGGAGAAGCUGGGUUUCUGGAGGAACCUGGAGGACCUGAUCCAAGGAGUGACCGGGGAGAAGCCCAGAUCAGACGACCUGAAGUGGGCUCAGAAAGUCAAGUAAUGCUGCAGGCUCGCUGCACCCUACCUCAGAAGACGCUGGCAUCGUCCAGGCUUCUCAUCCCCUUCUUUGCCUCACUUAAACUUUAAUCCAUUGGACAAAAAAAAACUAACAAGCAGUUUCUGAUGCCAUAGCUUUAAGUCUUGCACAUUUUGUCUGUUUUUACAAGAGGAGGGCUCUGUUUGUGGAUUUUUUCAUUACUCACUCACAAAGAUCAUUUCAAAACGCAAUAUCUACUUAACUCUUUGUAAAUGUCAAACACAACUUAUCAAGUUUUUUUGCCGUGACUUCUAGAGGCUUCAGCUCAAACGGUUUGGUCAGAAACAUGGUUUGAAAUUUCUUCCCGAAGAGAUUAAAGAUUCCCUGUUGUCAAAAAAUGUCAAACAAUCCCCAAGAAAGUCUACUUGAAAGAGUGAUCGCUCACUUUUCGCUCCUCCAGAGACACAGCUGUUCCUUUUGGAGUUGAUAAAUCACGUUAUUUUUAGCACUUCUUUUUGCUCUCUGGAUCAGUCUUUACAUCUCCACUUUUUCAAAUUGGUGUCUCGAGUCGUAAAAGUGGAUGUAGGCCACUGUAAGUGUUAGUGCUGAGGUGAUGUGGGAUGUCUGGAUGUUUUACCAAUGUUGAUAGCAAAGGAACAAAUUUGUCAAUAACUGUUACACUUUGAUUCUUGCACAUUUGGGACUGUUUGAGUGGGAGAUGAUGUCAAGAUAUGUUAAAAGCUUGUUUUCCGUUAAUACCAUAGCCAUCUUUAUUUCGAAUUUACUUCAUUAAGACAGAGCCAUAUCUAAUAAUUAAGUCAUGUCGAGCAGAGACAGCGACUGCAGUUACAGUGCAAGAGUCCACACAAAAAUGAUCAAAAUCCAGCCGUUUGAUUGGAGGUUAUUUUCUGAAAUGAGCUUUUUGUUUUUUAUCUUUGAUGAUAACACAGACACAGAAAUAGAGUUAUUACCAGGCUUUGUAAUUUGAGGGAAAAAUCACAUUGAGAAGUGUGUCACUGAAGUCUGUGCUGCUAAAAAUCUGGGCAUAUAUAUUGUAACGGUGCUGUUGAUUGGCUGAGUCAAUCUGGCCCUGCUGAGCUUUCUUUUCACAUGAUCAUUACGUGUCCUCUGUGAAAAGCAUUUGUUUGGAUUUCUUUAUUUGACAGACAGUUUAGCAAAAACGAGGCAUAUUUAUUUUAGUCAGGCUGCCUUACACACCACAGAUGCAGUACUCGUGUCUCUGUUUCUUUUGCAGCACUUCUUUGUGUUUUUGCGACGUUUCGUUUCUGUCUUCUGACGGUUUUGUGUGUCAGUCAAUCAGACACAGAUAUUCCAAAGUUGUGCCAACUGUUUGUAUCAUUGUCUACACUCCUCACCUGCUUUUCUUUUGUACUGUAGGAAGAAUCUGUCCAUUUUAGAGUGUGACAUAUCCCUUGUGUAAUGUUGCCACCGUGUACCGUCUUGGCAAAACUUGGUGAUGUUACAAGGGCUUUGUGUGGUCUAACAACCCAGGAACAGAUGAGAUUUAAGAGUUGAAUCGGUUGGUUGAAAGAUUUUUGUUUGUAAUUUGUAAAUGUAUUGUACAGCUGAUAACUAUGCAGUGUAAUUGAGAGGCCCUUAACUCUACGUCUUAAGUCAUUGGAUUAGUUUGAAAUGCCUUUCUUUUUCUAAUUGUUUACACGUAUUCUAUAAGGUGGACAACUGGAGUUCAAAUUUCGCUACUUAACGAACUGCAUGACAAUUUUAUUUGACUAAUUAAGAUGUCACUCACACAGACCUAAGAAUGCAUGCAUGCAUAGCGCAUGUCAGCUCGUGCAAAGAAAUUUACAGGGUCACCAGCUUUCCUUUUGAUUGCUUUUAAAAGAUGACCCUAAACUUUGACCAAAUGGAUCUAGGCUUGAACUCUGAAAAUGUUGUCUCCAUUCAGAAGAAAUUCUGGCUUAUGUGUUUAGAUUUCAUCUACUGGAGGUGACUUUUGUGUUCAGCCGGGGUCAACCAGGUAAAAAGGCCAGGUUAUCGAGCUUCUGGCGUUAAAUUCAAAGCGAACAAUUUAAUUCUAGUAAUAGUUAAUUUUGAAGCCAAAUUUUUUUUAAAUUUUGUUUUGUGUAUGUAUUCCAGUUUUUGAAUCCUUCAUACUUGAUAUACACAAUGAAUCACCAUAGGUCAGCAGCAGUAGAACACAGCAGAUUGCAUAGUGCUUGUUCGUAGAGUAAUGUGAGGAACAGUUAAGUGUGCUUUAGGUCGUGCAAUACAAGCUGGUGAAUUAAUGCAGUUAUGUGUGACUGUGUUAAGUUUAAGGCCUGCUGCUGUAGAUUUUUUCAUCAGUAUUAGGCAACUUACUGUUUGGGAACUGCUAACUGCAAUCUAUAGACACACCUGAACUUUAACUGACAACUUCUUUUUAGAUCUGAAAUUUGACUUUAAGUGCUUCAGCAAAUAGCUUUUUUCUUCAUGAUAACUGUAAUGAUAUUUAAACACAGUUUAAUUAUGUUUUCGGCACAUCAAAAUAGGACAAUAGUUAAGAAUAAGAGUUAGAAAUACUAGACAUGGUAUGAGAUAAUUAGUUUGGAUACUGAAAAAAACUGAAAACCUAAAAAAAAUAUUUGGGUAUUUAUAAGGAGCCCACACAAUAGUAGUCCUCUCUUUUAGAAGGACUUGCAAUAAUGGUUGUUUAUGGUUUCUAGUUGGAGUCUGGCUGUGAGGACAGGUCUGACAUAAAUCCACUUUUCUUUACUCUUUUUCGAAUGAUCUCAGGAUUGCGGUCAGAAUAGUUCACGUACUAUAACUGAUUUUUUAAAGAUGAACCCUCCAUUAGAUAAGCUAAGACCGUUAUUUAUCGGAAUAAAUUGUCAAAGUCUUUGAUUUUCAUCAGAUUUAGCCGAAUGAUUUUUAAUGUAGUCAAAAUUCUAUGAUAUAUCAGUCUAGUAAACUCUGCCUCUUCUCAUCUGAGUAGAUUUGUGAUUAAGCUGUUUGUUUUUCAGCCUAGCUACAAUUGGCUUUCAUAAAUGGAUUUGAAGGGUAUUUCGUGACAGUGUGUUGUUUGUGAAAGCAAGUGAACUUGUGGGUAAGUGGCGUGGGCAGUUGUCGUCAGUUUGUUUAACAUGCUGUGUUGAAAAUACUUUUGAAUCAUCCUUGGAUUUAUGAAUUGAAUUGCCUUAUCCUCUCUCCCGUGAACGAUUUUCUGUAAAUCUUACCAGCGAUAUGGGAAAAAAAACAACAACAAAAAAAAUUUAUUGACUGACUUUAAAUUGACCUUCACUUGCCUCUGAGGUAAGACCCAUAUGGAUGUUGUAGUUGGUUAAGUAAGCUGGUGGUGAUGGAGUUUUAGAUAUCAGAAUAAUGCCUUGAUGCCUUUUUGUUGUCUUCAAUUUCGGAGACGUACAAUGUACAUAUUAAACUGUAUUUAUAAAUGAACUAAAUAAACUGUUGAUAAUUAC